AUGAUUAAAUUGCCAAGUCAACCUUGCCUGAUGAAGUGCAACCCGUUCAAAGAAACAAACGAACAUAUAACAAGCGAUGAAAUAGAAACAACACUGAAAUAUGAUAUACAAGAAAACGAAUUACAAAGCUUGUAUAUCUCAAAAAAUAACGCACACAAACCUAAUAAGUAUCAACUAAGUGAGCAUACCUUACAACUAAUCGGAAAAAGAAAGGAGCUUAUAGCUAUCCAAGCAAAAAAAGAAAAUAUAAAGCUGGUUGCAGAUUUAAGCAAAAGAAUAAGAGAAAGUAUACGCAAAGAUCGCAAGGUCAAGAGGUUGAAAACAUUCGAGCACUACAUACAAAAAAAGGGGGGUGUGAAAAAAGCUCUGAAAGAACUGCGAGAAGUAGGCAAAGAAUGGAUACCCAAACUAAAGGAUAAGUCGAAUACUACCACGAUACGACAGAAUAUCAAAGAUCUAGCCACAAGUUUCUACCGUCAACUGUAUGCUAGACAGCACCAAAUUACAAUAGGUCACCACAGAAGAGUGCUCACUCAACAUAUUGAUGAAGGGAAAUCAGAGCCUGUGCCGGACAUCCUAUUGUGUGAAGUCGAAAAGGCAAUUAAGAGUCAAAAGAUGGAGAAGUCCCCGGGACCAGACAAAAUUACCAACGAACUUAUGAGGGGAAAUAUAGAAGAACUGACUCCAAUUCUUACAAAGAUUUUUAACGAAAUCUUAACAAGUCGGCAAAUUCCAAAACAAUGGACUAAAUUUCACACCAAAAUAAUGACAAACAGCACAAAAUCUAACAUCACAAUAAACGGCGAUUCUCUAGAAUAUGUGAAAGAUUACAUAUACCUGGGUCAAGUAAUUUCCAUAGAAGAUCAAAUGCCGAAAGAAAUUAAUCUCAGGAUCGCAACAGGUUGGAAGAAAUACUGGUCAUUAAAAGAGAUCGUGAAGUCCAAAGACUUAAACAUGUCAAUAAAAAGAAAAACAUUUAAUACUUGCAUUUUACCUUGUCUAACAUACGGAUGCGAAACCUGGACCCUCACAAAAGCAUUAAGAGAAAAACUUGCAGUAGCACAGAGAACAAUGGAGAGGAGUAUGACCGGCUAUAAAAGACAGGAUAAGAUCAGAAAUAUUGACCUAAGGAAUUUAACAAAACUUACCGACAUACUCGAACGAAUCGAUCAACAGAAGUGGAGAUGGUCAGGACAUAUGAUGCGUGACAAAAUGGGAAAGUGGAGCAGGAGAGUAACAGAAUGGUAUCCAAGAGACAGUAAAAGAAGACGAGGAAGGCAGCACACAAGGUGGGAAGAUGAAAUAAGACUUACAGCAGGACCAAACUGGAGAAGAGUUGCUCGAGAUAGACAACAAUGGAAAUCGUUGGAGGAGGCCUUUGCCAAUAGGCACGCCGAACUAAGAGACAUUUUGUAG